ACAUCAAUCAAGCAAGCAGCACAUUCUUGAGAGAUUCUGACCAGUCUCGGACUCUCAGGGAAGGUAGAGACUGCCUCGUGAACUCACUGGUUUCGUGUGAUCAAGAGCUCGGGCGUUAAUCAGUUGACAUGGAGUUCGAAAUGAUGAGCCAACAAGGGGCGCUGCUCAAAGUGGGGCUGUUCGUGUUGGUGCAGGCGCUGGUGUACCUCAUCCUUGCCCAGUCCUCCUCAGUCUUCUCCACCACCAAGACCCUCGGCCUCCCCCCGGCGCGCUCCCUCAGCGCCCGCCGCAUGGUCGCGCUGAUCUCCGACCUGCCGCUGCUGCUGGGCGGCGAGCCCUCGCCCCGCGCCGUCUCCGUGGAGCCGUCGUCGCCCGUGCCCCUCGCCCACCAGAAGAAGGAUUAGUUGUUAACCAAGCGCGACUGGCGGCAGGGACACGGACCGAGCUAGCAAGCGAUCGUUGCCCAGCUACUAGUACUCGGUGCGUGCUGUAGGAGCUGUUCACGCCAUUCUUUGAUAGAUUGGUUAUUGGUUUGUUCUUUGGGAUUGGAUAUGGAAACUGAGUAUUACACGCCCGUUUGGGUUUGCACAAUCAAGUGACCGUAUGAGAUUAUGUUUUGGCUACCGUGCAA